CUCAUACAACAUCAAGAUGUCCUCGAAUUGCUGAUGAUGUCCUUAGAGUCAUAUGCCCAUGAUGACUGCAUCUGCCUCAAGUCGACGCGCAUUGCUGAAACCAUUACAGGAGCUGAGCGAACCAUUGAGUGUUAUGCUUACAGGAAACAUCUUAAAGUUCCUGAUACAAUAGCAAACGUAGAAGGCAGCGACAAAUUGCUGAAAAUAACAAGGGAAGUUGAAGUUACAGUGGAGAACACGGAAGGUAAAACCAAGGUAUACCUCAAGCCUGCGCCGCGUCCGAACGGUAUAUCAGAGGCCGACAAAUCACUUUUUGGUCUAUUCAAUGAAUACGACGUUGUUGUGGCCGAAACAACUUGCGUGACUCUUGCGUUUGGUGCAAGUGUUGAUGCUGCGGAACUGCUGGAGACACCGCAAUAAAACUUUGUGCUGCGCUAUUUCAUCACGGCAUCAUGGUCCAUGUAAGCGAGGGAGAUACCGAGCCUUUAUAUGAUAAAGUAUUAUAUAUUAAGUCUA